AUGGUACGUUGUUUUCAGGUACUGUCUGCAGGUCCUCCGAACGUGCCUCCACCGCCUUUGCCAUCCAGCUACCAGAAAGGUCCGCCAGAAAACAAGAGGACGAUAGCGCCUUUGGCCAAAAGCGAAACCGUAGCCACAGCCUCAUCGGUCGUCGUACCGCAGUCGGUGGCAGCAGCGUCUUCUAACCAAAACCGGGCAUCAUAUGCCGCUAGCAGCCAGCAGGACGAGUUUGACGACGACUGGUCAGACGACGACUCGCAGGGGCAGGUAAAUGCUUAUAUACAUAACCACGAACCGCUUGGAGUGAGUGCUGAUUCGGCCGUCACCCUGGCUGACGGAAGGGGCGCGUGUUUUUCCGUGGUUUGUGGUGUUUGUUUGUGUCCGUGUCUUUGUCUUCGUUCUCGUGUUCGUGCUGGUCAUUCAUUCACAGUGUUUCAACUUAUUGACGUACCCUGA